AAGAAAAAAGAAGAAGAGAAAACCCCAGAAACAAAAACAAAAAACACAUACUAGCAAUAUAGUAGCAAAGAGAGAGAGAGAGAGACAUGGCGGUGUCCUUUUAGCAAUUCACAGGUAGUAUCUGGCAUGGUUUUACAAGGACAUCUCUCUCUCUCUCUCUCUCUCUGUGGUAUAAAACACAGUAUUUUCUCUCUCUAAAAAUCUAAAAUCUUCUUUAUAUACACUAUCAUUCUAAAACAUUAAACGUCCCUGUAUAUUUUUCAAUCCUAUUCCUCAUCUUCAGAAACACACAAAAACGUUUUCUUUUUCAAAACCCAACUCUCUCUUUUUCACUCAGUCUCUGAAACAUAAAUUUUUUUUUUUUCCCAAAAAUGGCCACCCCACUAAUACUCAUGGCUACUCAUGAACAAAACACCGCACGGGAUCAGUCCACCACCAACAAAGUCCAUCUCGGUUCGGAAGAACCCAAACCCGAAACAUCGAAAACCAGAGCAAGGAAAUCGGGCAAAGGUUCAAACCCGAAGAAGCAACCUCAGCGAGGUCUGGGUGUGGCUCAGCUCGAACGCCUAAGAAUGGAAGAGCGAUUGAAGAAAAUGAGCGAAAUAGCCCAACUACAACAACAACAGCAACCUCUGAAUCUUCUCGAUCAGUAUAAUUUCCAAAAGGUUUCCGAUCCACUUGGCAGUGUUCCGGUUCAGUACGGUGGUGGUGGGCCUGGGCCGGUCGUGAUUAAUGGCUCCUAUAAUGGUACUGGUACUGGUACUGGUUUGUAUGGUUUUGAAAGGGGUGGUGGUUUGGCUGUUCAGAGGAUUGGGAAUGGUGGGUUUGGUUGUGGGUCUUCUGGUUCUGGGUUUAACGUUUCGGGUACGAGAAUUAACCCUAUUUUGGUAGAACCGAAUCCUUAUGGGAUUGUCGGAGCUCCGGAUCAGAGGGAAAAAGUGGGAGCCAACUUGUAUGAGACCUCGAAAGAGCUCUCUUCAAUGCCAAAAAUGCACACCAGCUCUGCUGUUGUGUUUUCUGAUCGCUGCGAUGUCUGCUGCAAGAAGAAGCGGUUCAAUGGUGAAAGUAGUAUAGUUGUCCAUGGAGGAAAAGAGAAAUGUUCCAAGGAAUUGCCAAUGGGUGGUACUAAUAUUUUUCUGGGGUUGAACUCAGAGAGCAUUUCACCCUUGAUCGGAGAAACCUUUGGUUUAGGUGCCGGAGCAUCAUUGAGAUCAACUGGUUAUUAUUCAGGACGCAAUAUUGAUCAUGAGGGAGUAGAGGUUUUGGCUAUUCACAGGAAGGGAAACCUAUAUGCAGAGAGUGGUGGAGGAGUGUUAAUGGAGUAUGAGUUUUUCCCAGCGGGAAAAGAAGAAUAUGAAUAUGGAAGCACUUUUCCCAAGGACACAGAGAUUCUGCCUUUGGAAGCUUCAGUUCCAGUCAAUGGUAGUAAAGCUUCUAAUCAUGUUGAUUUGUCUCUCAAGCUUUCUUAUUAGAAUCAAAAUGGCUUUCCUUUAUUUGAUUUUCUGUUGUUUUUAUUUACAUACAGCUUUUUAGUUUCCUUUUCCUUUGUCAGACUAAAACUUUGAUACAAACAUAUAUAUAUAUAUAUAUGUAAUAUCUUAUCUAAGUUAAAGUUCAAUUAAUGCAUC